UUUUAUUCUAAAAUAUUAUUAUUUUAUAAACUAUUUAAUAUUUUCUUUACUUUUUUUGAACCACAAAGAAUCUUACGUGUAAACUCACCUUACUCAAGGCUAUGUUCAAGGUCGACUCCUCGACCGCUAUGAGACCGUACCCCCUAAUGCGCGCGAACCGGAUGGAAUCCGUAAACCCUUAACUCCGUCAGGUUCAAACCCGAGAUUAGAGCACCGAUUCGUUAUUUCACUCAGAUAUCUCCCGAAAAUGACGCAACCUAUAUCUCCACUACGUAGGAUAGGCCUUUUGACCACUAGACCAAUAUCUCAAUGAUAUUUUCUUUAUUUAACCUGAUUAAAAAUAAGUGGAAAAUAUAUAUAAGUUGCUGAUGAUAUCUAUCUAUCUCCAAUUAUUGAUGAUCUUAGCUAGCUGCAUGGGGGUUGAGAUAUAGACCUUGUAAAGCUUACACGAGGAUCCAACUGUUCCCUCUUCUUUCUCCCAUCAUCAUGCCUUUUCUCUGCCACCCAAACGCUCCCUCUCUUCCUUUCUCUCUCUCUAACCCCCAAUUCAACGGCUGGGAUUGGAAAUCCUACAUCCGCUGAUCUAACCAAUCAUUCACUUCAACAAAAUGACUCUACUUUGAACAACUGCUUUGGGAAUAUUGUCCACUUCUGUUGAAGUUGGUUAGAAAACAAACAUGCCCGGAAAUAAGUACAACAACAACAACAACAACAACAACAACGCCAACUCAUCGUCGGUUCCAUCAAGUCGAAUAGAGAGACUUUUAAGAGAAAGAGAGCUGAGAAAGAACAGUAGAGCUUCAUAUUCUAAUGAGUCAAGCGCUAAUGACGGCGUUGAUUCUAGUGAUAACUUGUUGGAACAGUAUCUAGAGGGAGCAUCCGCUGCACGUGACGGUUGGGAGAAACCGGAUGGUGGGCUUUUUACGCAACGGUUAUUGGUUGUUGCUAAUAGAUUGCCGGUUUCUGCUGUCAGAAGAGGUGAAGAAAGUUGGUCGCUUGAAGUUAGCGCUGGUGGUCUAGUCAGCGCGCUCCUCGGUGUUAAGGAGGUUGAAGCAAAAUGGAUCGGAUGGGCAGGUGUAAAUGUGCCCGAUGAGCCUGGGCAACGAGCACUGACUAAAGCAUUGGCGGAAAAGAGGUGUAUACCGGUGUUUCUUGAUGAAGAAGUGGUGCAUCAAUAUUACAACGGUUACUGUAACAACAUAUUGUGGCCACUUUUUCAUUACCUCGGUCUUCCACAAGAAGACCGUUUGGCAACAACAAGAAGCUUCCAAUCACAAUUUGCAGCGUACAAGAAAGCAAAUCAAAUGUUUGCGGAUGUGGUAAACGAACAUUACGAAGAAGGUGAUGUUGUUUGGUGCCAUGAUUACCAUCUUAUGUUUCUUCCAAAAUGUCUGAAAGAUCACAAUAGUAACAUGAAAGUCGGUUGGUUUCUUCAUACACCGUUUCCGUCUUCUGAAAUUCAUAGGACGUUGCCUUCUCGUUCUGAGCUUUUACGUGCUGUUCUUGCUGCUGACUUGGUUGGUUUCCAUACGUAUGAUUAUGCAAGACACUUUGUUAGUGCUUGUACGCGUAUACUUGGACUUGAAGGUACUCCUGAAGGUGUAGAGGAUCAAGGGAGACUCACUCGUGUUGCUGCGUUUCCAAUUGGUAUAGAUUCGGAUCGCUUUAUUCGUGCACUUGAAAAUCCGCAAGUUCAAGAACAUAUGAAAGAACUGAAAGAGAGAUUUUCCGGUAGAAAGGUAAUGUUAGGUGUUGAUCGGCUAGAUAUGAUCAAAGGGAUUCCGCAAAAGAUACUUGCAUUCGAGAAGUUUCUAGAAGAGAAUCAAUAUUGGCGUGAUAAAGUGGUUUUGUUACAGAUUGCCGUACCAACAAGAACAGAUGUUCCCGAGUAUCAGAAACUCACAAGUCAAGUCCAUGAAAUUGUCGGCCGGAUAAAUGGAAGAUUCGGGUCACUCACAACUGUUCCAAUUCAUCAUCUGGACCGAUCUCUGGAUUUUCAGGCUUUAUGUGCGCUAUAUGCCGUCACUGAUAUAGCAAUUGUCACAUCUUUGAGGGACGGAAUGAAUCUUGUCAGUUACGAGUUUGUUGCAUGCCAAGAUGCCAAAAGGGGGGUGCUCAUUUUAAGUGAGUUUGCGGGUGCGGCACAGUCCCUUGGUGCAGGGGCUAUUCUUGUAAACCCAUGGAACAUAACUGAAGUUGCAGCUUCAAUAGGCCAAGCGUUGAAUAUGAGUGCUGAAGAAAGAGAAAAACGUCAUCGCCACAACUUCUUACAUGUCACAACCCACACUGCUCAAGAAUGGGCCGAAACUUUUGUAAGUGAACUGAACGACACAGUAGUUGAAGCACAACAAAGGACUAGACAAGUUCCACCACCACUGCCCAUUGAAGAGGCUAUCGAGCGUUAUUUGCAGUCAAGUAAUCGGUUAAUCAUACUGGGAUUCAGCGCUACAUUAACCGAACCGGUUGAUACUCCCGAUAGGCGUGGAGGUGAUCAGAUUAGAGAAAUGGAUCUUAAAUUGCACCCGGAGUUAAAAGAAUCACUGACGAAGCUUUGCGAUGAUCCACAUACAACCGUUGUUGUCCUCAGUGGAAGUGACCGAAGCGUAUUGGAUGAUAACUUUGGUGAGUUCAACAUGUGGUUGGCGGCUGAAAAUGGAAUGUUCCUGCGGUCCACUAAAGGAACAUGGAUGACAACUAUGCCCGAGCAUUCGAAUAUGGAAUGGGUCGAUAGCGUAAAGCAUGUCUUUGAGUACUUCACCGAACGAACACCUCGAUCGCAUUUCGAGCUCCGGGAGACAUCACUCGUUUGGAACUACAAGUAUGCAGAUGUUGAAUUUGGGAGGCUUCAAGCCAGAGACAUGCUGCAGCAUUUGUGGACGGGCCCGAUAUCCAAUGCAUCCGUUGAUGUUGUACAAGGAAGCCGCUCUGUUGAGGUUCGAGCAGCUGGUGUAACUAAGGGUAUCACAAUCGUUCGUAUAUUAGGGGAGAUAGUUCAUAGCAAAUCCAUUUCAUCCCCGAUUGAUUAUGUCCUAUGUAUCGGCCAUUUUCUAGGGAAGGAUGAAGAUAUUUACACCUUUUUCGAGCCCGAGCUUCCCUAUAACGGCAUGGGUAUUCCACGACCCAAACUAAAUGAUACUGCAAAGGGUCCCGGAGACAAAAAGCUCGGUAAAAGCGGGUCAAAAACAUCGCAAAAGCAACGGGCACCUCAAAGUUUAGAUAAUAAGCGAACAACUAACAAUAACAGAAAUAACGUUUUUGAAAAUGGUGGAAAGCGGUCAUCCGUGUCUGCGGACAAGGUAUCGUGGAAUGUUUUAGAUCUGAAAGCAGAUAACUAUUUCUCGUGUGCUGUCGGAAGGACACGCACAAACGCGCGCUACCUUUUACAGUCGUCGGAUGAUGUGGUUGCGUUUUUGAAAGAUCUUACUCAAGCUUCUUGAAUACAUGUAGGAGUAUAGCAUGCUUGUUAUAAGUCCUUUAUUGUAGGAGUAUUAUUUUUUCUGUUACUAAUAUCAUGUGUUCAAAUUCUAACUGUGGAAUGCCAGCUAUUUUGUUGAAUAAUAUGCAUGUGAAAGAUUGAUGAUUGAUGUGA